AUGCGUAGGCAGACGCGACUCUUUUCUCGCUUAGCAGUUGAGAUACCCAACAGUCACUGGCUUCCCCGUCGACUUCUCCUCGUUAGGCAUGGUGAGUCUGAGGCGAAUGUAGACCGCAGCCAGUACAGCAGAAUACCUGACUGGAAGAUCCCGCUGACCGAACGGGGUCGCGCGCAGGCGUUAGACUGCGGUCGUCGACUUCGUAAUAUCAUCAAGAAUGAGAAACUUUAUAUUUAUUACUCACCGUACGUGCGUACACAGCAGACUCUGGCGGAGGUGCGGAAGAGUUUAGAGGAGUCACAGGUGCAGGGUGAGCGCGAGGACGAGAGGCUGCGCGAGCAGGAGAUUGGCAACUUUCAGCCCUUGGACAAAAUGGACCGAACGUGGAACGAGCGCAGCAAUUUUGGCCGUUCGUACUACCGAUUCCCUGACGGUGAGAGUAGCGUCGAUGUCGGGGAUCGCGUAUCGACCUUCUUUGAUUCUCUCUUCCGCGAGCGUCUGGAACUCUACUCGCUUUCCGCGGGAGACCCUGAGGACGAGGAUGGACCACUCAACGUGCCGGGGGAGGAUGACCAAAAUGUUCUGAUCAUUUCGCACGGGCUUCUUAUUCGUCUCUUCAUUGCCCGUUGGUUCCGCGUGCCGUUGGAGGCAUUUGAAACAAUGCGUAAUCCUCCAAAUUGUUCCAUUGUGGUGCUGGAGCGCCAAGAAUCGGCUCGUAUGGUUAUGACGGACAUCAGCAAAAAGCUCUUUGGAAGCGAUCCGCUGCUGGAAAUGAUGAAAUUUGAUGGGAAGGACAGCACCAAGCGGUACCGCCAUAUGUUUUUUUCGGAUCACUCGGGCUCAUUCACUCCCGCGGAGGGUGUGUGA